GUUCUCGUGCCAAAAAAGCCCGAUUCAUCUCUAAACCUCGACUGGCCGACUAAUUUGCCACACUAUUCUUAUGUCAACUUAGCUUCUACAAGUUUGUUUGAUGAAGACGGAAGUGAGAGGUUUGGUGAUGGAAUGAACACAGAUAACCAUAUAGAGGAGGAGGUAGAUGAGCCAUCUCUCAUCCAGAAGCUCUCUGGCUACGCGCACACCCACAUCGAUUCAGACUCAUUAUGGCAGCCGCUUCGCCUUCCAUAUUCAAGCCAACCAUUAAUAAAGCGAUUUCGCUCUCAGCAAUAUCGCCUGGAACAGCAGCCUUCACAAAAGUCUUCUGGGUAA